UUUAUCACAUGCUGUCUAUAGUACCACACUCAGUCAGUGUUACUCCUGUGGUCAUACACAAGUUUUUUUUUUUUUUGUGGUAUUGAAAGGACCCUCCCUCUUGUUUGUAACGGCGCACAGUGUGGGGGUUGGGAAAGCGGGGAAUGGGAAACAUUACUAUGCUGCAGGGAGAGCGGCUUUCUAUAUGGCUUGGGCCUGAGAUCCCCCUUCAUGGGCCUUUAGCCUAACACUGAGAUGAGAGCGAAAGUCCCUGGGAAGGGGGGCUUUUGUUAGCCAGGGUCCAUGACGUUGCCAAGCAGGACAAAGUCGGAAUUCCGCUCGCUUUUCAACCGGAAUCACAGCAGAGCGAGGCGAAAUCUCAAUCAAGAUGGAGAGGAACACUUUGAGAUGCCUUUAUAUAGUCUGCAUGUUCUGCACAGCUCUCGCAGGUGACAGUUGCUCUCUUGAGCUGAGGCCUUCCAGAGUUGUGGUGGCCUUCGGAGAGACCGUGACGGUCAACUGCGUGGCCUCUCGGCCGGUCCGUGUGUUAGGCUGGGAGUCAGCUGUCGGCGCCACACACACGCAGAAUGACCUUACAGUUCAGUGGAAAGUGGACAGCCUGAUCGACUGGAUUGAAGAGCCGAUCUGCUACGGUGUGUUUUUCACUGCACCCAGGCAGUGUGAGGAGAAACUUAACCUCGUCCUUUACAAAAGCCCAGACAGUGUGUCUAUCAGCCUGAACCACACAGGUACUAUGGUGGAGGGGAAGGAAUAUCAGCUGUUGUGUGAGGUGCAGAACAUAGCUCCGGUGCAGUAUCUCACAUUGAGGUGGUACAGAGGUCAGACAGAAGUUUACAACCACUCGUUCGCCGACCUGUCACCGACCACACCAGUCCAAGUGUCCUCCUCCCUCCUCAUCACCCCUACCGUGGCUGAUCAUGGGGUCCAGUACAGGUGUACAGCCGAGCUGGACCUGGGAGUCGACGGGCCACGGCCUCCUCCCAGUGUGACCUCAAAACCUCUAGAUAUCACUGUACAUUACGCUCCUUCAUUCUCCCACCCUGAAGACGAGACCCUGGAGCUGAGCAAAGGGGAAGAGGCCUCGCUAAACUGCACGGCCAUGGGGAACCCCCCGCCAGCCUACACCUGGAGCACCGCUGCCCUUUCCCUGGAGAAGAUGGAGGAUCAACCAGUUCUAACGUCAUCCACCCUACGGCCUGGGACGUACACAUGCACUGCAUCAAAUAUACUGGGCAAGAAAAGCAAGCAGUUCAUCAUCAAGCCCAAACCAUAGGCAUGAGACUGAAUGAGGAUGCACACGGCACUGUUAUGUUCAUGCUAGCGACAUGGUUUCAACUAGCUUGAUUUGUUGUGCUACUUCUUCUCAGGCGGGUAAUGUGAGAGACCAUUUUGAGAGUACAAGAGAACACAACGCACACAGAAAGUCAUUAGAACUGGAACCUUAUCCCUGAAUAUUCUUGGUUCUUUGCUGGCUGACAUUCAUGUCAGUUUCAUACAUGAUUUUUAACCAGCUGCAAGUUGGCCAGGCUGUACUCUUGUGGUGUGGAAUUUAGGCCUGGAUUAUUUUGCAGCGUAUUGUUUGAAAUAGUUCUUUAAACUUUUUAGUUUUGUUAUUUUUAGGUGUGAUGACCUCAUAAUUGUGUGUCAGUCUGAUACAGAUUUGACACACCAAAUGUCUCCCUCAGAGAAAUUUCAAGCUAGUAUUUUUUCCCCUUUUUUUAGUGCAAUUUUUUGUUGUUGUUGCUAACAGGUUAUUGUAUAUUCUAAUUGAUAUUUCUUUAUUACUGCUUUAUAAUUUUCUUAUUUGAUAAAUAUAGUGCAGCUUUUCAUUUUGUGUCAUUAUGUCUGAUCAAAUACUAAUACAAUUACAAAUGUAAAGAAUGUUGUUCUAUUGAUUUUUAAGUUGUUCUAAGUUGUGUUUUUAUUUUAAGGUGAGCACAGACAAAUCGGCAUAGUUUAUCAUUUAUCAUACCCUUCACUUGCCAUCACACAAGUCUCCUAUGUCAAAAUGGUUUUCCGCACAGCACAUUCAUCAUAUUCAUCCAUAUAAACAAUGUGUUGAAAUAAAUGGUCAAAAAGAA